ACGCCCUGCUGGAGGACUUGGAGUCCACCACCUCCCACAUCUCCAAACGGCCCGUGUUCUUGUCGGAGGAGACUCCCUACUCCUACCCAACUGGAAACCACACGUACCAGGAGAUUGCGGUGCCGCCCCCGGUCCCUCCACCCCCGUCCAGCGAGGCCCUCAAUGGCGCGCUCCUUGACCCCUUAGACCAGUGGCAGACCAGCGCCCCCCGAUUCAUCCACCAGCAGCCCCAGCCCCUGCUGCCCGCCUACGGCUCCAGUGCCAAACCGUGCAGCGCCUCCACCCCCCAGGACGGCCUGGGCCCUCCGUGCGCUCGGGCCGGUGAGGAAGAGCACGUCUACAGCUUCCCCAACAAGCAGAAGUCGUCUGAGCCUUCACCCACCGUGAUGAGCUCCUCUCUGGGCAGCAACCUUUCGGAACUGGACCGCCUGCUGCUGGAGCUGAACGCUGUGCAGCACGGCCCCUCGGGCUUCCCCGCAGAUGAGGCCAACUCGAGCCCCCCGCUGCCUCGGGCUCUGAGCCCUCACUAUGGCGCCCCGGAGAAUAACAGCCUGCUGGCGGGCAGCACCGGGCCCCAGAUGAAAGAGAAGCCCAAGCGGAACGGGGCCCGGGGCCUGGAGGACGUGCGGCCCAGCGUGGAGAGUCUCCUGGACGAGCUGGAGAGCUCCGUGCCCAGCCCCGUCCCCGCCAUCACUGUGAGCCAUGGCGAGAUGAGCAGCCCCCAGCGCGUCACCUCCAGCCAGCAGCAGACACGGAUCUCGGCCUCCUCUGCCACCAGGGAGCUGGACGAGCUGAUGGCCUCCCUGUCGGAUUUUAAGGUGGUUUUCCCUCCUGGCUCUCCUGUCCCCCUGAGAAGAACCUUCUCUGUUCUGCCUUCUCCUCCUGUCCCUUUCCUCCAGCAUCACAGAGAGGCCGCGGCCAGCAGCCCUUCUCCCCCGCCCAGCCUGCCUGCCCCCUCCACCCUGGGGCCCUCAGUUCUUCCCUGUGGGUCCCCUGGGGCCCGGAGUGCUGGGCCAGGGCCGGAGGAGGAUGUGCAGGGGCCCACCUCGCCCCUUCCUGCACCCCCCACUGUGAGGUCCGUGGGCUGCCAGACGGACGAGGACCCGAUGUUCCCCCCGAUGCAGAUCCAGGGCCUGGAACAAAGAGCAGAGGGAGAGCUGUGCUGGGCGGCUGGCUGGCCUCCGAGUGGCAGGCAGAGCAGCCCCGAAGGGCAGGACGAGGGAGGGUUCAUGGCCCAGGGGAAGACAGGGAGCAGCUCUCCGCCCGGGGAGCCCCCAAAGCCCGGGAGCCAGCUGGACAGCAUGCUGGGGAGCCUGCAGUCCGACCUGAACAAACUGGGGGUUGCCACAGUCGCCAAGGGAGUCUGCGGGGCCUGCAAGAAGCCCAUCGCCGGGCAGGUGGUGACGGCCAUGGGGAGGACGUGGCACCCCGAGCACUUCGUCUGCACCCACUGCCAGGAGGAGAUCGGGUCCCGCAACUUCUUUGAGCGGGACGGGCAGCCCUACUGUGAAAAGGACUACCACACCCUCUUCUCCCCGCGCUGCUACUACUGCAACGGCCCCAUCCUGGAUAAAGUGGUCACAGCCCUCGACCGGACGUGGCACCCCGAGCACUUCUUCUGUGCCCAGUGCGGCGCCUUCUUCGGGCCUGAAGGGUUCCACGAGAAAGAUGGCAAAGCCUAUUGCCGGAAGGAUUACUUCGACAUGUUCGCGCCCAAGUGUGGCGGCUGCGCCCGGGCCAUCCUGGAGAACUACAUCUCGGCCCUCAACACCCUCUGGCACCCCGAGUGCUUCGUGUGCCGGGAAUGCUUCACGCCGUUCAUCAACGGCAGCUUCUUCGAGCACGACGGGCAGCCCUACUGCGAGGUGCACUACCACGAGCGGCGCGGCUCGCUGUGCUCCGGCUGCCAGAAGCCCAUCACCGGCCGCUGCAUCACCGCCAUGGCCAAGAAGUUCCACCCGGAGCACUUCGUCUGUGCCUUCUGCCUCAAGCAGCUCAACAAGGGCACCUUCAAGGAGCAGAACGACAAGCCUUACUGUCAGAACUGCUUCCUCAAGCUCUUCUGCUAGGGUCCUCGUCCCUCCAGCUGCCCUGUCCCCUGGCCCAGCCUCCCCAACCGCUACUGUGACCCAGAGGCCUCGCCCAGGGCUGCAGGGCCAAGCCCGACUGAAACUGGAACCCGUGUCCUGGCUGUGCAGGGUGGCAAGAGGGCUCAAAGGGUGCCCCCUGCUUUUCAUCCUCUGCCAGGGCCUCUGGGCCUCCCCCUCCUCCUGCAGCUGUCCCCAGGCUGCCAGCUCCUCGUCCUCCCUGGAGGGGGGCUGGGGGCCCCAUCCCACGAACCCGCCUGGCCUGGCCAGCACCCCACACUGGAGCCAUCUCUUACUCAUUUCGGCAGUGGAGCAGGGGGCGGGCAGGCAGGGUCAGAUGGGGUCUCUUUUUAUCUUUAUUUCCGUCCGACCAAAUUAUCCUUGUUCUGAGAAUCCUGGGGGACACCGCUCCCUCCAGACAAAACCAGCAUCAACCCAUCCAUCCGAGGGCCGCAGUGCCCAGGGGCCACGGAAGGUUCCUGGUGCUCCUCCUGCCCUUCCAGUCUCCCCAGGCCGGGACCACUGCCCUGCCCAUCUCUGCUCUGAUUCUACUGAGACAGACUCUCCAGCAAUAAUGUUUAUAGUCACUUCCUCCGUCUCGGACGGUGGGAGGGGGGCGUUUCACCUCGAGCCUGGACACUGUGCCGACUUUGAUAGAUUUCUACACUGAGGUUUGAAUUCCUAUCAUCGGAGUUGCUUUUACUUCUCUACACAAAAUGAUUUUGAAGAGAUUUUAAAGACAUCCCCUUUUGUAUUCUCCUCCUUGUCCACGGCCACCGGUCCUGUGGGGCAGUGGCUGUGGGACAGGGUUCGCCUUGUACUGAGGGCUUGGGGUGGGGAAGCCAUUUGUAUUUUAUUUUUUCUUAGCAUAAGCAGGUGAAGUGGGAGCAGCUCUGAGACUCCCCUUCUUUCCUUCACGGCUCCCAGGACUGUUUUAUAAACUGCUGUAUUUUGAAAUCCCUUCCUUACUACCCAGGCCAGCAAGCUCUUAACUGAAAUGGCCUACGGGUGUCUCGCCUCUUUGGGCCUAGGAUUCUGAACCUCAUCCGUCCUGUUCCCUAGUGAGGAGAAGGGGAAAGGAUGCUUUGGGGGUGCUGUUUCCUGUCUAAGCCAUUAGGAGCAUCCGCUCCCCUGUGAACUCUUUGGCACCCAAGAGAACCCCCGAACACUCGCCUCCUCUCUGCUUCUCUGGGCUCCUUCUGCCUCCUCAGGAAAGCUGGGAUCUGGUUUUGACCGUUGGUCUUGUUGAUUCCACUGGGCGCAUCACUUCCCCAAUCCCUGCCCUCCUUGGAAACGAGGUCUGGGGGAAGGGCCCGGCUGUUGCAAGGCAGUCUGGGCGGAGGGACGGAUCCGCUGAAGCCAUGGAAAGGCCCCAGAGCUUUGCUUUCUCCCCCAAGGAUGACACAGGAGCAGGCAGGCCCGGGUUCCUGGCCAGCAGAGGGGGCCCCAGGGGGUCUACAGGGGGUGAGAUCCUAGCAGAAGCUCAGCACGUUGGGGUUUCAGAUGAGGGUCCCUCCUUCAAGGCAGGGCUGGGAGCAGCCAGGUCUGGGCAGGUCAAAGGUCGACGUCCCCACUUGCACCCAUAGGCCUUAUUGCUCUGUUUACAGUGACCCGCCCUAGACCCCACUCCUAGAGGGAAGGGUUUCUGGGGUCCAUCCUCUGGGUCAAUGGUUAUUUGAUGAAUUGAUUUUAAUUUUUUUCUCUGUAAACUUUUAACCUGGCUUUUCCUCAUUUCAAUUCCUGUGAUUUUUGCCAAUAAAGUUUGCCAUUAUUUUGACCUGU